UUUUAACCCAUCAUCCAUCCCCUCCUCAACUGCACAGCGAAAAAAAAUUCGAAUCACUUCGGUGCGAUCUGCCAAGAAGUAAACGUCGGGGAGGAUUUUCUGUCAAUUCCCAAGUAAUGUGAAAAAACACGAGUGAUUGUUUUCCCUGUGAAAAUAAAAUGGUAAAAACAAAAGAAGACCCAGAGAAAAAUGAACAAAGGACAGCGUUCCUGUAAAGAAAGCAGUGAGACAUACUCGGAGCAAGUUUUUCAAGAGCAAAUCCCUCCUGAGGUAAAUUGAACAGGAAAUUAUCACCACCAAGCUAAGAACAUGUUGAUGACAUGUCAGGAUUGUGGUUUAACUUGGAAAAAUGGGCAUAAUUGCAAAGCUUCUGGGAAGGUCUGUAUCAAGUGCGGUCAGGUCGGACAUUUUGCACGUGUCUGUCGUUUUCAUGGAGAAGAGGAUUGUUUUCAUCAGAAAGACGGAGUCAAGCAGCCAAAUAAUGGAUCGAGGAAGACCAAGAAUUUCAAAAAAUCUUGGAAGAGUGAUUUCAAGGAAAAUCGAAAUGAUUGCUUUAUGAAAGAGGAUAACAACAACACACCGAAUGUCAAGGACAAACAGAGAGACCAUAGAGAGAAUAAUAAUAAGAAGAGUUCCAAACAAGAUGAGGCCAUGAAGGAAGAGGCCAAUGCACUUUAUAAGGAGGGAAGGUUCAAGCAGGCGCUUAUAAAGUACACUGAACUCAUUCAUCUCUACCCAACGAAUGCUAACAAUUACAGCAAUAGAUCAGCCUGUCACAUGAUGAUGGAAAAGUACGAGAAUGCUUUAAAUGAUGCAAGGAAAACAAUCGAGAUAGAUCCCACUCACAUCAAGGCCCACGUUCGUUUCAUAAAAUGUGCUUUAUCCAUGGGGAAGCUCUUGGUUGCUGAAACAGCCCUCUCGAGGCUUUCAGAAGUCGAUCCCAAAAAUGAAAUACUGGCGACCCACCGUAAGAAACUGAAGGAAAUCCACAAGCACCUGGAGCAAGAGGCAGAAGCUGCAUCAACCAAGCAGUACAACAGAGCUCUAAUCGAGAUAAAUAAGUGUCUCGCCAUCUGUAGCAGAUCGAAUUCCUUCAAGAUUCGCAGAGCUGAGUACCUGGCACAUCUGAGGAGAUACAAAGAGGCUGAAGAAGUUGUUGACAACGUGCUGCAGGUAGACCCAUUAAACAUCGAUGCUAAAUACGUCGUGGGUUUCUGUGUUUAUCAAUCGGAGGUAGAUAGGGCCGUAAAUUACAUCAGAGAGACUCUUCAACUCGUUCCAGAUCACAAGAAGUUAGUUUCCCUGUACAAGAAGGCAAGGAAAUUGGCUGACAGGAAAAAAGCUGGUAAUGAUGCUAUAAAGAGGAAGGAAUACAGCGAAGCUCUGGGGUUUUAUGCUGAAGCUAUGGCUGUGGACAUUGGAAACUUGGAGAUGAAGAAGAAACUUUAUUACAACAUGGCUCUUGCUCAGUACAAACUGGGAAAUCUACAGAAAUCCAUUGACGAGUGCUCAAAUGCUCUGGUGAUUGAUCCCAAGUAUGUCAAGGCCUUGAUGAGGAGGGGACGGUGCUAUAUGGAUCUCAAGGACUGGGAGGAGGCCGUCAAGGAUCUCACCAGAGCCUGCAAACUCGAUAGUGGAAAAGAUUGCAAAAAACUUCUCGAUGAGGCUAAGCAGAAAUUCGCUAGCAGCAGGAGUGAUCAUCAUAGCAUCAUUGGUGUCCCUUAUAAUGCACCUUAUCAGGAUAUCAAGAGGGCCUACAAGCAGAAGGCACUUGUUCAUCAUCCUGAUCGUCAUUCAACCGCCAGCCAUGAGGAGCAGAAAAGACAUGAGAAGAAGUUCAAAGAGAUAACGCAGGCGUACAGGAUUCUGAUGAAAGGUUAUAAGCAAAAUGGCCGUUACAGAAGCAGUGGAUGCGAUGCUCAUUAUCCUACUGAUUUUCAUGAUGAUCGGACUGAUGAGGAUGACGAGGACUGCUAUGGGAAUCCCAUGUCAGAUAUGUGGUACGCUUACAGUGCUUUCCUUCAAGAGCAGAGAGCUCAUUUUUUUUGCUAGCUUAAUAACUGGGAAUUGAAGGGUUUCAUUAUUCUCGUGAAAGUUUUUAUGACAAUUUGUCUGAUUGUGAAGUACCUCGUGGUGUUUUUGAUAACUUGGGGAUUGAGAACUCUACAAUUUUUAGGGGAACAUCUCCUCGUAAUCGGUGUAUUUGUCGGGUUCCUUAACGUUUCAUUGGUUCUCAAUAUUAUGGAUAUUUUAUCUCCGAUUUCAUUCAGGUUUGUUGGAAAAUAGUCUUUCGUUGAAUUUGAGAGACAAUUUUUUGUGACAGAUUUAGUGUUUGCGAAAUUGUUGGUGAGUUUUUAUUAUGAGUUUUGAGGUUGAGUACACACAAUAAUCCCUAAAACGUAUUCAACAAAAUUUUCAAAACACUCAACUUUAUUUAAAAUUAUAUCAUGGAGAUGUUAACACGAGCAAUUAUUUAUGAUUAUCACAAAUCAGCAACACAACUGUUGAUGAAGAUAGUAUAAAAAGUUUCUAAUAAAUAACUGAAGUUUUUUUUAUAUUGCAAUUAGCACGCUUUCCGACUCUCUAUGACUUUAAUGGAUAUAUAUGUCCUUUUCUAUUUUUUUUUAUACAACAGUCUGAUGGUCCCUAUUAUUUAAGGAUUUGAGGAUGUUUACCUACUCAAGUGAGCAACCGGGUCGG